AAAAUAAAAUAAAGAGGAAUCGGAAAGAAUACUCAUUUCUUUUCGUUGUGCGUAGAGUUUCGAAGAAAAUUGCCUUCAUUGAUUUUUUGAGUUACAUCGUGGUUAUUUCGGUGAUUUUGUACUUCCAUAGUGAAAUUACAAAAAUAUAAAAAUACAUUUGAUAGUGUCAGAAUAACAAAAACACUAGUUGAAAAUAUGAAUCGGUCACGUCGGCCACCCCAAAAGAGGAAUUUUGUUUCUGGCGGAAUAUAUGAUCCGCGACAAUCAUAUAUUGAUCAACAAGGAAAUCAAGGCUCACCAUAUCAAAGACGCCAAAAUCAAAAUUAUGACAAUAAAACUAACCGGAAUGAAAAAACGCAACAAGAGCAGCAAGAAAAUAAGGCACAAGAGCAGCAGAGAUAUGAGAAUACACAACCGCCGCCAUUAGAGCCACCCCCACAACCACCACAAAUGGAAGAAGAUCCAGCAGAAGAAGAAGAAGAUGUCAAAGUGGAAGAUUCUGGCUUAUACGAUGAAAGUGGAAAAUUGCAGUACAAAAAUAUUUUCCGUACGCGCAAGAAGUCUUCCGUGCGUGCCAAGGAGAAGAAAAUACGUCAAAAUCGUCAACUGCGCAAAACAUUAAUUCCCAAGAAUGCUUUGAUGGUUCUGAAUGAGGUCGUUGGCUUGACAAUUAGCGAAUUUACUAUUACCACUGCUUCAGGUGGUGGAUUUGUAGCUGUUGUUACGGUUAAUGAUAAACAAUAUGAAGGCAAAGGUCAUUCUAAGAUAGCUGCUAAAAAUAGUGCCAGCGAGAAAGCAUUACGCGAUUAUGUGUUGGAGAAAAUGCGUGAAAAGCCACGAUUGCGUAAGAGCUCAGUUAAUAAUGAUGAGUCUGUGGAAAUGGCCGUUGAUGCUCCCAAUGAAACUGUCAGCGAGAAUGGAGAAGAUGGACAGCAGGAUAAUUCUGGCACAUCAGCGUUAAUCGAUGAUGUACCUAUGGUCAAUUUGGCUUCAUUUGCUAUUUUUAAACUGUUUACUGAAUGGGAGAACGAGGGUUAUGUUGUACCCGAAUUGCGUGUUGCUCAUCCGCCGCAAACAGGUUCUGGCAACGACAGCACCAAUGGAGAUGGAAACCCUCAAUUUAAGCCACCAAAGGCGGCACCAAUUCGCUCUGAAUUGCCAAGCAAUUGGGAAUCAAUUCAUCCUUCUACUUUACUCUGUAUGAUGCGUCCAGGAUUGCAGUAUCGCGAAAUUGGUACAGUAGGCGACCCACCAAAUGUAUUACAGCGCAUGGGCGUUACUGUUGACGAAGUGGACUAUGAAAGCUCUGGUCGUUCUAAGAAAACUGCUCGCCGCAAUGUGGCCGUUUGUGUGCUUAAUGAGUUGUUCGGUACCAAUUUCGUCAAGGAGCCACCAUUUGAAGAAUAAAUAAAUAAAAUUCUUUACUUAUGUUAGUAUUGAACAUAUUUACAAUAGUAGACUUCAAAUCCUAACCAAUUUUCAAACUUCAAUAUAGAAAUUAGAUUUUACUGCAGAAUUACUGAAUUUUACAAAUAAUAAAAAAAGUCAUUUGGAAUAAUGAUGAUCCUUUCUAUUAUAUA